UCGGCUGCCGGUAAGUUGGCGGCGCGGUGGCGGCGGCCCCGGGGGAGCGGGCGCCGCGCGCGCUCCCAUUGGCCACCCCGCCGUCAGCUGCUCCUAUUUUCUGCUGUCGCUUUUGGCGCUCGGCCAUCCAGAAACAAACCACUUCGAUGACUCCUAAUAGUUAUCGCCAGAUGUACUAAUACACAACAAAUCACGGUCCGGGAGAGGGGGAGAGCAAAUGAGUUCCUAUUUCGUGAAUCCCACUUUCCCGGGGAGCCUGCCCGGAGGCCAGGACUCUUUCCUCGGGCAGAUCCCCCUGUACCCGGCGGGCUAUGAUGCUCUCAGGCAUUUUCCGGCUUCGUACGGGGCAAGCAGCCUGCAGGACAAGGCUUACACCUCACCUUGUUUCUACCAACAGUCCAACACUGUCAUCGCUUGCAACCGAGCUUCCUAUGAGUACGGAGCCUCUUGUUUUUAUUCGGACAAGGAGACUAGUAGCGUCUCUCCCUCCGGCAGUGGUAAACAGAGGGGGGCCGGGGACUACCUGCACUUUUCUCCCGAUCAGCAGUACAAAUCCAGCGGCGUCCCAGCCAAAAUUGUAAAUGACGAAGGCACCGACCGGAAGUACACGAGCCCUGUUUACCCCUGGAUGCAGCGGAUGAACUCCUGCGCUGGUACAGUAUAUGGAACUCAUGGGAGACGAGGGAGGCAAACUUACACCAGAUACCAAACGCUAGAGUUAGAAAAGGAAUUUCAUUUUAACAGAUACUUAACCCGAAGACGACGUAUUGAGAUUGCAAACGCUCUCUGCCUUACUGAACGCCAGAUUAAAAUAUGGUUUCAAAACAGGCGGAUGAAAUGGAAAAAGGAAAACAAAUUCAUAAAUUCCACACAACCCAGCAGCGAAGAAGCAGAGGAAAAGUCAGGGGAGUAGAACCAUGUUUAAUAAACGCUACCAGGCCUUUCCUUAGAGCUUAUUAUUACUAUUAUUUACCUUGUGUUCCUUCUGCUACUAAAAUCCUAUAAGUUGGUCAAAUUCCCGAAAGGUUUGGUUAAAAGAUGUACAUUUUCAACCAUCUGUGACUUUCUUUAAUAUAUGUGGAAGUCCUAGUUUUGAGCUAUAGGCAUGUGUGUAUAUAACCACUUUUCCAAAGCAUAGAUGGCAUUGCUUAAAGUGUUAAGAGAAACGGCCCAGGUUUUUAAAUAUUUGGGAUGAGCAUCUUUGUGUGCGUGAGUGUUCCUGGCAUGCCUGUGAGGGAAGAGAUAAUCGAGUGUGGGUUGUUGGUUUUGGGUUUUUUUCCCCUUUUAAUUAGCAAUGUUCAUAUUGUAGAAAUUACAGAUUUUAGAAAAUCUUGGGGUUACGUUUUUGCUAGCUCCCGUUAUGUCAGGCCAUCUCGUUAUGCUGUGUCCAGAAGCUUGUGGUCUGAAGGGGAAGGGAAAAAAAUAGUUUUACUCAUGUAUAAAAUAUUUAAAUAGCAAAAAUAAGGGAAAUUCUUUUAAGAAAUCGCUGUCUAAAACCCUGGCUAUAAACUUACAGUGAAAGUGAAGAUGAAUUGCAGGGAGAUCUUUUAAAUGCCGCUAAACUACCUAAUCUGCACUACUAGUAUUGAAGUAAAAGCUCGGCACUAAACUUCAGGGGAAGCGGUUUAGCAGCGGGCAAAUUUCUGUGGUUCACGUUGAGCUAACACCGAGGUUUCGGUGAGCUCAGCUCUAAACAGAAGAGGCUUUGAAUUAUGGACUACGUUUCUUAGGGCUUUAUGGGCUUGGGUCGAUCUUUCUUUCUUUUAUUCUUUUUAAUUUUUUUGUUUGUUUUAUUAGAAGUAAAGCGUCUGUCUUACUAACUCAGAGGUCUCCUUCCCCACUUUUGUGGUAUCUUAAUUCACAUUUGCAUUUAUUAGCACUGGAAAAAAAUAAAUAGAUACUCUAAAGAAAAGUAGCUGCCAUACAAUGCUUCCAGUUUGGGAGGUUUGUUAGUAAAAUAAGAGCAGCGAAAAUAUUUAUUAAUAUAUAUCUUAUAUCUCUUUGUAUUAUAGUGUGUCUGUGUGAGUGUGAGUAUGUUGCUGUGUACAAAUACAGUUGUACACGCAUCGAGGGUCUUUUGUUUGGAAGACAGCUCAAUUUGGGCAACUACUCUGCGUAUUUUAAAAUCCGAAUCUGGAAAAUACUGGGGCAAAAUGGCUACCGCCGCAUUUAGAGGUUUUUGGAUCUUUUUCUCCCAGAGGCAGAAAAAUAACGGUGGCCGUAAAGCCGCGUGGAAUUUGACCCCCUAGUUGGAAAAACGCUGCCCGAUAUUUCUCUUUCAUAGGUACCUGCCAUUUCACAUCGGCAAUAUCCGUCUGCCCCUCGAAACCUCAGGCACGGGAAAAAGGCGGGGGGACGGGAGGGAGAAUAUAUAUAUUUUUUUAAAAAAUGAAUGUAUAGAAGGGUCGCGAGCGCUGCCAACACCCGGCCAUGGAUCGCGCAGGAUUUGUCAACCGAUGUAAAUACGCCUCUCCCGGAGGAGCAAACGGGCACAAAACAGGGCGCUCUCCGCAUACCGGGGUCCCCGGCAGCUGCGACGAGCGACCAAGCUCCGGCCCCACCCUGCGCCCGCUCCCGAGGCCGCUGGCGGCGGCGCCGGGCUCGCUCCGCAGCUCUC